AACAGAAAGGGAUUCAAUUAGCAUUUAUUAUGGAGAGUAGAAAUAUUUUGCUCGGUGUGACUGGCAGCGUGGCUUCUAUCAAAAUUGGCGAAAUUGUGGAGAGAUUGCGAAGCGAUACGACUUUUAAAUUCGAGAUCAAAAUAAUAACAACAAAAAGUGCCAAACAUUUUAUCGAACGCAGUGAGAAACCGGUGACGGUGCCAAUUCUAAGUGAUGAAGACGAAUGGGAAAUGUGGUCGAAACGUGAUGAUCCAGUGCUGCAUAUUGAGCUCGGCAAAUGGGCUGAUGUUAUGCUGAUCGCACCGCUCGAUGCAAACACAUUGGCAAAAAUGGCAACUGGUGUCUGUGAUAAUUUAUUGUUAUGCACAACACGUGCCUGGAAUUUCGACAAGCCACUAUUCUUCUGUCCCGCAAUGAACACACGCAUGUGGGAACAUCCAAUCACUGCACAACAAAUUGCAACACUCACACAAUGGGGCCAUUUCGAAAUCAAAUGCAUCGCUAAGCGACUGAUGUGCGGUGAUACUGGAUUAGGGGCCAUGGAAACACCAGCCAAUAUUGUGCAAAGGGUCGUGGAAUUCUUGAAAAAGUCAUAAUCGAUGUGAGCAAGUGUCUAAAGAUAAAAAUGCAAAAAAUUAACAACAAAAAGAAAAAACAA